AUGAAAGCCUACGAGAACAUGCUCGUGCAGAUGCGGAAUGAAUCCCUCCCCGCUGAGAACCGGCCGACUCCAGGUCAGAUAAACGACCACAUAGCAAUGAUGCGACACGCCCGCCACGAAAUCAGCAUCACCGAGAAAGCCUACACCGAAUCCCGCGCCGCAGCCGAAAAAGCAAAACCAGGCGUGACCUUCGAAGCAGCAACCGGCCUCCCAACCCUCCAACGCCGCACCAUCGACCUGGAAAUCGCCUCAGGCAAAAAGGCAGUAGACUGGGCUAAUGAACAAAUGGAAGCGCAUUCGUCAUGGGAUACCAACGAAACGCCGCAGGACGAGGAGACGAAGGGGAAGCUGGGGAGGUUUCGACAGAAGGUGGAUGAUGAUAUGGGGGCGUUGAUCAGGCAGCAGGCGGGACUGAAGGCGCAUUGGGAUCGGGCGAGGAAGUGGAAGGGGGAUCAUGUUGAGGGUGGGUCUGAAUCUGAGUUGAAGGAGGAGGGAGGAAUUGGGGAGGGAGAGGAGGGGGCGAAGGUUGAUGUUGUUGACGCGCAGCCUUUGUGA